AUGUUCUUCCUCAAGAAGCUCGAGCACAAGAUCCAGCUGCACCCCUCGUACUUUGGCCCAUCGCUAGAUGCCUACCUUCGCAAGCAGCUCAAGGCGGAAGUCGAAGGGACAUGUACGGGUAACAUUGGAUAUAUCGUCAAGGUGAUGUACAUCCAUGACAUUGGCUCGGGUACCAUCCUUCCAGGCGGUGAAGGCAAGGCAGAGUUCAACAGCAAGUACACAGCCAUCGUCAUGAAGCCCUUCAAAGGCGAGGUGGUGGACGCGCUGGUAACAAACGUGAACAAGAUGGGCUUCUUCGCCUCGGUUGGGCCGCUCAACAUCUUCACGUCCACCCAUUUGCUUCCGAUGGAGUACAAAUUCCAGCCAGACUCCAACCCGCCAGAGUUUGCAUCGAGCGAUGGCCAGGUACGAUUACGCAUCGUGGGCACGCGAGUUGAUGCGAGCGAGAUCUUCGCCAUUGGAUCGUGCAAGGAAGAUUUCGUUGGGCCUUUUGAUUGA